AUGUCCCAAGACAGUGUUGACGAGUAUGACCUGAUCUUUGCUGGAGGCGGUACCGCAGCUGGCGUGAUUGCUGGGCGUCUGGCUGCCGCAGAUCCAAGACUCAGGAUCUUGAUUAUGGAGACUGGCCCGUCUACCAAAGACCAGCCUUUCCAUGUCCAGCCGGCACGGUACCUUGCUCACCUUGCCCCUACGACGAGCACGGUGAGGUUCUACGUUGGUCGCGAGAGUGAACACCUGGGUGGCCGGCGGCCUAUAGUCCCGGUGGGAGCAUGCCUUGGAGGAGGCUCCAGCGUGAACUUUACCAUGUACACGCGUGCGAGCCCGUCCGACUACGACGACUGGAAAACCGUUUACAAGAACGAUGGGUGGGGAUACGAGGAUCUUCUUCCCUUAUUCAAGAAGACCGAGACGUAUCAAAUUGCAGAAGGCAAGCAUGCACAUGGAUACGAAGGGCCUUUGAAGGUUUCCUAUGGAGGCAUAUUCACUAAGAUCGGGCAGGACUUCCUUGAAGUCGCCGCGAAUUACGAUAAGGAAUUUCCGCUCGUCCAAGACACCAGCCCUUUGGCAGCCGUCAAUGGAUAUGGGCGAUGGGCAAAGUGGAUUAGUGCCGAUAAGGGUACACGGUCAGACGUUCCUCAUCAUUUCCUCUACAAUCAAGCACACAAUCAAAACCUGGUCAUCGAGACGGGAUGUUCGGUAAAGCGCGUGCUGUUCGAAGGGACCCGCGCCGUGGGAGUAGAAUACUCCUAUAAUCCUCGCGUUCGGCCAAAUGAAGAACGGGACGUCCUAAGAGUUGCUCGUGCGGGAAAACUUGUCGUCGUCUCAGCGGGGGCGCUUGGAUCUCCGCAGAUCCUUGAGCGCUCGGGAAUUGGCAGAAAAGACGUGCUCGACAAGGCGGGCGUGGAUCAGCUCGUCGACCUACCGGGAGUAGGCGAGAACUUCCAAGAUCAUCAACUGGUCUUUCAGCAGUACUACGCGGCGGAGGACUGCGACACUCUUGAUGGAAUCGUUCGCAGUGAUCCUCUCGAGCUGGAAAAAUGGGAACGGAUGUGGGAGAAGGAUGGGACUGGCAUGAUGGCUAACAAGCGACACAUCGCAAUAGAUGCUGGCAGCAAGUUACGCCCAACGCCGUCCGAACUGAGAAAGAUCGGGCCCGCAUUCGGGGAGCGUUGGAAGGAGUACUAUCUAUCCACUUCUCACGAGGACAAGCCGGUGUACUUUCUAGGUGUGGGCUCAAGCUUCUUAGGCGACAAAAUGGCGGAAUCUCCAUAUAGGAAGUAUCUUUCUAUCGGGUAUAUCUUAUGGUAUCCCUCGUCUUAUGGAUAUGUUCACAUCACAUCCAAAGACGAUACGGAAGCGCCUCCCGAUUUCGACCCCGCAUACUGUAGCACCACAGAUGAUAUGGAACUGCUGAACUUCUUGUACAAGAAGGCUCGGGAGUUCGCCAGACGGCUGCCGUCUUUCAGAGGCGAAUAUCCCCCUAGUCAAGCAAAUUUCGCUCCGGAGAGCAAAGCAGCAGUUCAAGAGGACUGUCAACCUAUUUCGUUCGAUGCGCCUGACAUUUCGUACACUGAAGAGGACGACAAAGCCAUCGAAGCUUGGAAUAGAGCAAACGUCAACACAUGCUGGCAUCCUAUCGGCACCUGCGCCAUGAAACCCCGCGAGGAAGGUGGUGUAGUGGAUCCAGCGCUGAACGUAUACGGAACACAAGGUCUCAAAGUAGCAGAUGCCUCGAUAGCUCCUGGAAACGUCGGAUCUAACACGUACUCCACGGCUCUGGUCAUCGGGGAGAAGGCUGCUCUCAUCAUCGCUGGUCAGCUGGGGAUCGAGGGGGUUUAG